ACUAUUGAACGUCUAGCCCAGGAUCAUAUGACAUCCUAAUCCACAGAAACUGAAAAGAAAUACCAUGUGGUUAAAUUUUAUUCACAGAUUUUCUUCAUCUCUGUGAUUUUUAGUUCCAACAUAGCCCUGGAAAGAUAAAAUUCUCUCCAGCUUUAUGUUAAUCAGAAAAGUAGAUAUUGCAGGAACCAAUGUGUUGACUUUAGUCACUAUUUGUCUACAUUUCCUAAGGCAAAGUUGUUUUGUUUGCUUUUUUUAAACUAAGAAGCAGAACAAAACAAAGAUUACACUUUUCCCCCAUUUAUUACAAUAACUCUGUUUUUCAUGUUGGAAAGAAAUAAAAAGGUUAAAAUUAUACUUAUAGAAAGCUUUUCUAAAGCUGUUCCUUUAUGCUUCAAAUGACAAAAAACAGGCUAAAGAUCUGACCCACACAUAGCUGUAUUUUAUUGAGGAACGUCUCAGUUAUUUAAUGGCUUUAUGGUUGUCUUCUGUAUUUGGUUUUGUGUUGAUUGGAUGGAUUUUAUAGUUUGACGUAUUUCCUAUUGGUGAGGAACUGUAAAGAUUGCAAUUGGGAUACCUAUAAACGUAGCCACUGUUAUAAUACAGUAGAUAAAUAGUUUGGGAAUUUAGACAGAACAAACACAGCAGGCCUUCAGAUAGGCGGCUAAUACAGGUGGGGGAAUGACGUUUUUAUUUACUUAUUCCUACUUGAAAAAAGCCCUGUUCUUCAAAUUAAAAGUCACCAGCAGUGAAAGAAGAAAAAGAAAAGUUUUUUCGGGGACAAACGGUGUUAUUUAAAUGGGCCAACAUCGUCCCCUGUUGGCCAGGCUGCGAGUUGGUAAGCAAGUCGUUGCUAGGUGGAUCAAAGCAGUCUCUGAUUGGCUUUUGCCUUCAAACUUAGCCAAUCAGCGUUACGUUUGGAGCACGGUUCCUUCUUGUUGUGAAGCGUCUAGAUACAAGGAAACUGCAAGCAGCCAUCCUUGUUGAAUUUAGUUAGCUUACGCAUUUUCCUUUCUCGGCGAAUUAUAAUUUCUGAUUUAAUUGUAAAGCUGUUUUAUUGAAAGAAUACUUCGCAAAAGCAUUAAAUAACAUUAACCUAUAUAGUAGACGGCAACUGUAAAACGUAUUUCCAGUAUGUUAAGAUUUAGCUUUAGGAGGGAGAAAGACAAGGAGUUUAAGCAUAUAGCUCAUGGUUUGAUCCCUGCUGCCUCCAUUGCUCCCAAACCAGCCGUACCUCGUACCCCUCCCCCUCGCAGCCCAAACCCUUCACCUGAGAGACCCAGGUCAGCUUUAGCAGCAGCCAUUUUAUCAUCCUCACUCACUGGACAGACAUGGGCCAUACCUCCUGCCCGGCUGAUGUCUUUAUCCGAGAGUGGUCAAUCAGAAUCCUUCACAUCUGAGCCAAACAUCAGCACAGCACUUUACACAAGAGACAGAUGGUCAGAAGAUUUGGUUAGCCGGCCACGUCUGUCCUCUCCUGACCAGUCAGAGGGGGAGUUGGAAGACAAGGAACAGGAAGUGGUGGAUGAAGAGGACGGGGAGGAACAUGUCUACCACACUCUGGACCGAAGGCAGAAUUCUUCACUCACCGAAUCUGUCUAUGCUCUGCCACUAAAAUCUAAGUCUGUCUUCAAGUCCUCUACACCCCUGCCAACUCAGACUUCUGGCAGAAGAGAGUCUUCACCAGAUUUCACUGAGGAGACCAGUGGCCAAUCCCCAGAACCCAAAGAGAAGAAAAUGUCUGUGAGGAAGACUCUUGAAAAUUGGAAAGAUGAUGUUCCAACAACACCGACCAUUUUCACUGCUGGUCACCCCAGGCAAGCAAGCCAAGCCAAAAGCCCCAAAGACCUCCGUGAGCUUCCUCCAGAACCCAGCAAUACAUACAGUGAACUGCGGAAGAAGGUAGUGAGGGACCGUCGGGAAAAGAACACAAGGAUGGUAGACAAAGAAAAGCUACUAGAGGAGAGACUGCAGCGCCUGGAACGGGAGAUUAGUGACAGCAAAGCCUUCUCAAACCAGAGGUCCUCUGCAGGCAGCCAAGCAGAGCUGCAGAAUUUGAGGCAACAUGCUCAGGAGCUGGUUGAUGAAAACGAUGCCCUCAAACUGACAGUUCACCGUCUGAAUGUGGAGCUGAGCCACUACCAGGCGCGGUUCAGACCACUGUCCAAAGAAGAGCACUCCAAAGUCAGUGGCUUACCAAACACGGGGUCUCCUCCUCCAUGGCUGGUCGACAUGAAGUAUUUAUCUCCUCUACUGCUGGCUUAUGAAGACAGAAUGAAUGAGAAAGAUGCCAUUCUGCAAACCACUGAGGAAAACAUGAAAAAGUUGCAUUUUCAAUUAGAGGAAGUCAUUAAAGAAAAUGAGAAACUCCAUGAUGAAAUUACCACGACCGGAGCGGUCAAUCAGAAAGACUGUUAUCAAAUUCAACAACAGGCCGUUCUGGUUUUGCAGGAGAACCAGGAUCUCAUCAAUCAACUCGAGGAGCAGCAUGCUGAGGCCAAGGCCACUCACAGCAGACAUAACACUGAAGUGGCAAAAGUGUCUAAGAAACUGAUGUUAUUAGAAGUGGAAAACCAGCGUUUGGAAGGGGACCUGGAAGAAUGCAGGAGGGAGGUGCAGAAAAAUAAGAAGGAGCUUCAAGUUCUGCAGGCCCGCCUAAAGGAUGCAGUCACCUGGGACGAACACUGCAGCAUUGCUGGAAAACUGAGAAGACAACUGGAGCAGCAUGAGAGCAGAAGUAAGGGUGAAAUUGACAAACUGCUUCUGAGAGUAUCUAACCUCCAGGAGGAGAACAGGAUUCUAGCUCUGGACAAAGCCCAGCUAACUGCAAAAACAAGGGCAAUGGAGGCUGAGCUGGAGCUCUCCAGGCAAUCCAACAGGAAGGCUGAAAGAAGAAUGAGUAUGUUGAAGCAACAAAAGGAAGAGUGUGUGUUGAAGGAGGAAAAGACACGGCACUACCUGGGAGCUGUCAUUUCUGUGGCAGAACACAUUUCCCAGGAGAGAGACCAACUAUUACACAUGGCAUCAUCUCUUCAGCAGGAAAAGCAGAGAUUCAUCAGCAGGAUUCUCAGUGGCACAGUUCGAUUUGGAAAACUACAAGAAGAAGUCAAAGUGUACCGGAGCCAGGCGUCAACCAGACUGGCAGCGUUGGAGGAGGCGGUGGAGGGAAGGACAGUGUCUUACCAGACGGAGAUCCUUCACCUGCAGACGCUGCUGAGAGAAAGACAGGAGGCAGAGGAGAAACUGCUGCAGUCCAAACGGGAGAUAGAGGAAGAGCUGGAGGUGGUGUGGGAGGCAGCAACAAGGGAGAACCAACAGAUGAGGGAGACUCUUUUGGAUUCCAAACUCACUGGGGACCUCCACAGUUGGCCUGCUCAUGCUCCAGAUGAGAUCACUACAUCCUCCCAGCAGCAGCAGCACAAGCAUGGGCUGGAUUUCUAUUGCUGAAAUACCUAGAGCAAUAACCUGCAGGUGUGCCUGUCUGCUCAAAAUAGACUGUUCAGAUAACUGUCAACUUGUUAUAGUCAUCAUGUCAGCCUGCAGACAUCCAGCAGCUUGCCUUUGUGUCAGUUUGUUGUGCUAUCUGAGUGAUACCUGAAAUCUGUCUGGUGGAUGGAAAUAUUUGCAAUACAUGGACAGAAACAGUAUUCACUUAACACAGUCAAGCUGGUGAGGAAGACUUGGCUUGGGCACUAGUGAUGGAAAGAAAAGCAUCUUGGAUAACUUUUAUUUCUAGAAGUGAAUGACUUUUGUAUAUUUUUGCAUAUAUUUGUAUUUUUUAAAUUAUUAUUCUCAGGGUUUUAUAAAACAUGCAAAGUAUAGUGCCAUACAGGAUAGUGAAGAGUUGCAAGUGGCACUCUGUGGUUAUUACUUUUUUUGUUGCUAAGCGAAGGUUGCCAUCUGCUGGACAAAUGUAGUAACAGCAUUUUUUACUGUCAUGUAUUUGCGGGUCUACAUUUUAUACAAUGAAUGAGAAAUGCUUUCCUGACACUGUUUGAAUCCCACAAAAUUAAAACGACAAAAGGGCACAAUUUUAUUUUCAUGUAUAAUUGUGCAUAUAUACGCGGUUAUUUACAGACUUUUUACAGACCUUGUUUUGGACUUGCAGUUGUAUUUUCAUUACACAAACAGCAAUGUACUGACCCUUCAGAUACCAUGUUAAUAAUAAAGAAGUUAUUUCUUUUC